ACGCGCGGAGGUGGCGGCGGCGGCGGCGCCUCCUCCUUCUGCUGUUGCGCCCCAUCCCCCCGCGGCCGGCCGGUUCCAGCCCUCGCCCCGCGUCCCCUGCCCGCGCCCCCGCCCCGGGCCCCGCCAUGGGCCUCACGGUGUCCGCGCUCUUUUCGCGGAUCUUCGGGAAGAAGCAGAUGCGGAUCCUUAUGGUUGGCUUGGAUGCGGCUGGCAAGACUACCAUCCUGUACAAACUGAAGUUGGGGGAGAUUGUCACCACCAUCCCCACCAUAGGCUUCAAUGUGGAAACAGUGGAAUAUAAGAACAUCUGUUUCACAGUCUGGGAUGUCGGAGGCCAGGAUAAGAUUCGGCCUUUGUGGCGGCACUACUUCCAGAACACUCAGGGCCUCAUCUUUGUGGUGGACAGCAAUGACCGGGAGCGGGUCCAGGAGUCUGCUGAUGAACUCCAGAAGAUGCUGCAGGAGGAUGAGCUUCGGGAUGCGGUGCUGUUGGUGUUUGCCAACAAGCAGGACAUGCCCAAUGCCAUGCCUGUGAGCGAACUGACUGACAAGCUGGGGCUUCAACACUUGCGUAGCCGCACGUGGUACGUCCAGGCCACCUGUGCCACCCAAGGCACAGGCCUGUAUGAUGGUCUGGACUGGCUGUCCCAUGAGCUAUCAAAGCGCUAGCCAGCCAGGGGCAGGCCCCUGCUGCCCGGAAGCUCCCGCGUGCAUCCCGGGAUGGCCAGACUCCCGGACUCCUCAGGCAGUGCCCUUCCUUCCCACUUUUCCUCCCCACAGACAGGCCUCUGCUCCUGUGCCUGCCUGCAUGCUCUCUCUUGUUGUUGGAGCCUGGAGCCUUGCUCUCUGGGCACAGAGGGUUCUGCUCUCCUGCCUGCUGGGACCUGUGGAAGGGCUUCCUGGCCAAGGCCCCCUCUUCCAGGGGAGGAGCAGGGAUCUGGAUUUAAUUUCGUUUUGGUUUUGGUUUUUUUGGUUUUUUUCUGUUUUGGGUGUACCCUUGGGGCCAGGUUUGGGGGGAGGAAAGUGAGGGCUCCGGGUGGUGCUAUGAUGUGGGACUGGAUAUUGAGUAAUAAAUUUGCUGUGGUUUGUA